UAUUCAAUUGAGACUCCUAAACCAACAUCAUGGACACCCAAGCCAUCCAAUUUGGCAUGAUGAGCUCGCUUCGGACCAACAACGUUGUCAUCGACACCCUCGUGUGCAUGCUGAUUCCAGUCGUGUUUACGGCGCUGGUGAAUUCGUCCGUCCAUUUGACUGCCCUUGUCCACGCCCUUCAGCGGCAUUUUGGUCCCCCCGUAACUCCGGACGUCGUGCGCAAGAUUGAAACCAAGCAAGCGUUCAACUCGUGGGGCAAAGUGCACGACAAUGACCAGCACAACCACAUUCUCCAAAAAGCCAUCUCGAUCUACCUCAGCCAGCACUUGGACAUGCAAGCCAAGUCGGGGCGCUACGAACUUCUCGAGUCUGCCCAAGUUGACGACACGGAGGACGACACAGACGACUGCUCGUCCGACGACAGCUACGACUGCUACUGGAACGUACCGAACGAAAACGACCAGCUGAAAAAGCUGCAAGUGGGCGCGUUGCCCCCAUUGAACGAAUGGAUCCAGGUUGACGACGCGCUGCUCUUCAAGCACGAGGAAUCGGCUGCUGACCAAGGCAACGCCAAGCUCAAAGCACAGGUGCAGCAGUCCACUGUGACCUUUUACCUGUCGUCCAAGGCCUCGGACGCGUCGGAACGCAUCGAUGCGUUUGUGGAGCGGGCGUAUGCAAACUAUCAAGCGCUCGUCUUGGCCAAACACAAGCAAGACAAGGCGCGGUACUUGUACAUGGCGACCUCGACCGAGGUCACCGACGACGCCGCCCCCCUUUGCAAGCGCUAUGCGUUGGGCGAAGACAAGACGUUCAAUAGCUUGUUCUUUGAGGAAAAGGACGCGUUGCUGACGUUGCUCAACAACUUUGACCUGAAACGAGGCAAGUUUGGCAUUCCCGGGUUUCCGUACAAGUUGGGUCUGUUGCUGCACGGCCCCCCGGGCACGGGCAAAACCAGCCUCAUCAAAGCCAUCGCCCAGCACACCAAGCGCCACAUCGUCAACAUUUCACUGAGUAAGAUCAAGACCAACCAGGAACUGAUGGACAUGAUGUGCGACCUCAAGUUUGCCGUCCAAGGCGAAGAUUUGCCGGUGAAGCUCGGGUACGAACAGGUCGUGUUUGUGAUGGAGGACAUCGAUUGUGCGUCCAACGUGGUGCACGCUCGAACUACCAGUCACGACAACAAAACUACAGACACAGCAACCAACGACAUCCAAGCGCUGGAUGACGCGGCGCUCACCAAAGCACUGGCAGACAUGAUCAAGAGCAGCCCCUCGAACAGUUCAAAGUUCGAAGCCAAGGACAAACUCAACCUGUCGGGGCUACUGAAUGUGCUGGACGGGGUCGUGGACAGUCCCGGGCGCAUCCUCAUCAUGACCACCAACCACCCCGAGAAACUCGACCCCGCCCUCGUCCGCCCUGGUCGCGUCAACAAGAAGCUGCUUUUGGGCCACAUGACGCCUCGGCAAGCCCAGUUGAUGAUGGAGCAUUAUUUCUCGACCACGCUGGAUGCCAAACAACGGAUGGCCGUCGACGAAGUGUUUGCGACAAAAGCCACGACCGUGUCCCCCGCCCAGGUGGAACAACUUUGUGCCGAAUACGACGAGGUCUCCGACAUGCUAGUAGGCUUGAUGGACCUCUAGUUUUCCUUAUCAUUCAAAUAUAUU